AUGGAGGGUCAACCUCUUAUAAACCUUGUCAAACACAAUGGUCGGGAUAGCAUCGCGUUGGGAGAUGUGUUCCCUUCGAUUAAGGCUACGACGCAGUUCCUUCAGCAGUACAACUACAUCAACGACAAGUGCGUGCAUCCAGUAAAGGGGAAGAAGCAAGGCGGCAAAAAGAGAACUUAUGUCUGCUCGGAUAGUUCUUCGUGCAAGUGGCGUGCAGUUAUUAAUCGUCGCAAGGUCUCCGCCACAGAAAACGAGUAUGAAGUUACCGAGCCAAACGACCAGCACUCCGACUCAUGUACUUCAUACCGCAAGCCAACCCAAAAACUACUAGAGGCCACGGAUUCGUUUGCAGCCGCAGUGACAACAAAUAAAACAGCUAACAUGAGCACGAUCCAAGCUUAA